AGAGAGAGAGAAAGGCCCGCCCCUGAGGCCUAGCGCCGCCUGGAGCCCCGCCCACGGAGGGAAAUAAAACACACAAACACAAAACGGAAACACACAUGCGCAGUAUGCCUUUUAUUUGGUCAUGGACAGACGCUGAGGAGGGAGCCGGAAGUGGGGCGGGGCCUCAAGAGAAGCAGUGGGAGGGCGGGUCACGUGAGAGGGGGCAGGGCCAGAAGCCGAGAUGGGGUUGAAAAGGCGGGAGAGCCAUCUCUGGAGCGAAGAUCUAGAAAGGCGCGGCAAUGCCAUCCUCAAACUCCAGAUGGACAUGUUUGAGAAACAUGUCAACCGACUGGAGUCCCAGAAAAUGGCCACAGAAAGGCACGGCUCUUCAGUGGACCUGGGACAAGCGCCAUACGGACGAGGCAGGCGCAAGUCUAAGUCCCGCAUCCCAACAGAGCGCCCUGUCUGCCUGACCAUGGAGCAGAAAUGUGACCUGGUCCAGAGGGAACUGGAGGAGACCAAAGAGGAGAUGCGGCGGAUGAAGGAGAGCUCAGAGAGGACCAUGCAGAACCUCCAGGCAGUCCUAGAGGAAGCAGACAUUCGCGGGAUAGAUAUUAAGAAAGCUGCUGCAGACUUUGAAAAAGAGAUAAUCAAAACCAUCACCAAGAAGAAAGGGAGCGUCAUCGCUUCUAAUAAGGUGCUGCAAUACAUGGAAGACAAGAUGCGCAAGAGGGAUGCCCUGAAAGAGAAAUUCCGCUUGAAAAACGAUUCCCUCAAAGUCCAGGUGAAGAAAAUGCAGACACAGCUGAAGCAGAAAGAGGAGCUGGGAGAGGCCCUUCAUGAAGUAGAUUUUCAACAGCUGAAGAUUGAGAACGCUCAGUUCCUGGAGAAGAUUGAUGAAAGGAACCAGGAAUUGCUGCAGCUGAAGAUGAUGGUGGGCAGCACGCAGCAGGCCCUCAACUUCUACAAAGAGAAACUGCAAAGUGCCACCGCCAUGGCCGACUGCCUGUCAAAGGACAUCGCCCAGAGAAAGGAGUCCCUGGGCAGAAUUGACCGUGAAUUAAUCCUUGCUGAGGCGGAACGGGCCAAGGCUGAGGCCCUGAACAAAAAGCUACGGAAGCAGCUGGCUGAAAACAAAGUGCCUCCAGUCCUCAACUAUGUCCAUGAGACGAUGGCUCUCCAAAAGCUUGAAGGAGAAAUCAAAAUCUGGGAGAGGAAGGUGGAGAUUGCAGAGCUGACCUUACAGACCUAUCGCAGUGCUUGUCACAGGGCAAAGAUGCCCAGGAAACAGCUGCAUGAGUUCUUUCCUGAGGAACAGACCAGCACCCAGGUUCAAGAGGACCUCCGACAAAGAGAGCGUUUGCCAAGAAUCCCGCAGCCUGGCCGCUGAAGAGCACUCCAGCGUGACUCACACUGAGCUUCAGGUGGCCUCCCUUUCCAUUAAGACAUUUGCCCCAGGGUCCCCCAAACUCCCUGGGUAUGUGUAUGUGUGAAGAGUUACUUUAUUAUAAGAAUAAUAUCUGUUUCUUUCAA